AGAGAGGGUUACAGAAAAAGAUGAAGACUGAAAAAACUGAAGGAGAGAGUUCAGAUAACAACAACACAAGCAACAACAAUGGCGGAAAUGAGUGCGGAGACGAGCGGCCGAGAUCUGGUAGUGUGAGGCAGUACGUGAAGUCCAAACUGCCGAGAUUGAGAUGGACGGCUGAGCUGCAUCACUCCUUUGUUCGUGCGGUCGCGAGGCUCGGAGGACAGGAGAGAGCAACACCAAAGUUAGUUCUUCAGAUGAUGAAUGUUAGAGGGAUAAGUAUUGCACAUGUGAAAAGCCAUUUGCAGAUGUACAGAAGCAAGAAACUUGAUGAUUUUGGGCAGGAGAAGUUUAUCUUUUCUUCAGGCUAUUCUUCAUGGGAUGAUAAUUUAAGGAGAGAGAGCUUUCAUGAUAUGUUCUUCCAAAGAGGUGGCUCAUACCAACCCUUCAACCAUGAGACUCAGAAGCAUUUGGAAUUCAGAAAUACAACCUUCAGGCGCGAAGAGUGGGGAUUCAGUCAGCAGAAGAUGGGAAGAGAUAAUUUCAGCUAUGACCACUCAAGAACAGCUCUGCAGAGACAGCACUUCGAGAGCCUUCCAUUAAAUUCAUCAGAGUCUAAUUUUAAUCAUGUUUUUGUUGAGAAAGAAAACAGCAAUUACUGCUUCGAUAAGGUUAAGACACAGUCACAAGAACAUCAAUGGAGUAAGCUUGAAGAUAUUCUGAGAAGGGAGAUCAGAGAAGAAAAUUGUACAGACCCUAAGAGAAUGAAGCUUACCAGAGAUGAAAGCCAAGGAAUUCCAAAUUUGAAGCUAAGCUUGCCACCAAGCUCAUUGCAACAAAUAUUAGGAAGCAGGAAGAAACCAACUCUAGGGUUUAGUGCUUCAGAACUCAGCCUGUCAAUUAGGGCAUUGGAGUGA